AUGGCACCAAAUCUUCGCCUCAACGCUGUGGCCUUCAUCUCCCCUCAGAAUCAUCCAAUCUUAAUUCGAACUUUCUCAAAGCAGGACGAAAAUGCAAUCAAAUACCACUACAUUGCACACACUAGUUUGGAUGUGAUAGAGGAACGAGCAAGCUCCAAGUCGUCGGAGUGCUAUCUUGGUCUUCUCUAUUCUAUGGAAGAUGUCGCUGUAUACGGAUACAUAACUCCGCUGAAAGUCAAGAUAGUACUUGCAGCAGCGCUUACGGAUGCAGUAGUUCGCGAUGUGGAUCUCAAUAUGAUUUUUAAAGCUCUGCAUAUGGCGUACUAUUCUGCUAUCUCGAAUCCGUUCCUGGUACUCCAAGAUCCCGCUUCCGCUGUACAUGAUAGUUCAAGGCCCUUGUUGGCAGGAAGUCCGAAAUGGAAACACCUUCGACGACGUAUAGAUGAAAUAGCCAGGAUAGUAGGGAAUUCAUCUAACACGUCGACGGGAGGAUAA